AUGACAACCAUUUAUGUUUCUUCUCAUCAUCCCAUCCCGCGACAGCCAGGGUCUAGGGAUGACUUGGGACCCUUCUUGAAUGUUGUCACUUGGAUCCUACUCAUCACUUCUGCGUUGGCGGUUGUGACUAGACUUAUCACAAAGCGCGCCUUGAAGCGACGGGUCGAUGUCGAUGAUGCGUUUGUCCUUCUGGCUUUGAUCACCAGCAUUGGAUCAGGGGCAUCUGUCAGCGUCCAAGUUGCAAACGGUUUAGGUCGCGACCUCUCCACGUUGGUAGGGGAAGAUGUCGAAGCCUACCUCAAGGCCGAGUACGCGAACAAAAUACUGUACAUCGCGACUUUAGCCCUGGCAAAGUUGUCCAUCAUAUCACUGCUCAUGAAUAUUACCGCUUCGGACAGGCACCGACACCUAGGGCUCGGCCUCACCGGCUUCAUUGCGCUCUGGGGUUUGGUAUCGGUCAUUGCGACUUCAUUCCAAUGCGGCGGCACUUAUCCAUGGCGCACUAGUAGUCGGGAAGGCCAGUGCAUAGACUUCAUCGCCUUCUGGCAAGGCAUGAGUGUCAUCAACAUGCUGACCGAUCUAGCGCUGAUUUUAUUUCCUGUGCAUGUUAUCGUUACGCUUCAGAUGAGCAUGGCCAAGAAGGUCACUAUACUCACCUUCUUUGGCGCACGAUUAUUAGAUAUCGUUGCAACCGCUGUUCAGAUGGCGUACAUUGACGGGUUCUCCUCAACAAACCCAACUCGAGACCUGUGGAAAUGGACACUCGUGACCCAGAUCAUUGAAUGUAUCACAAUCCUCACCUCUUGCGUUCCUUAUCUUCGCCCACUUCUCGAGUCCAUUCCUUCAGGGCUUUACGGCUCUGAUGAGAUACGCCGCCGUGGCACGCCAUCCGAAGUUGGUUAUUCGCGCAGGAAGGGAGGAUCAUACCAACUCAGUAGUACGGACUCGAAGACCGACGGUGCCAGUCCGCGAAGUGGAUCACAGAAUAGGAAGAGUCGCAACGACAGCGGCAUGAAACGCUUCUUGCCCAUGCUUUUGCAAGAUAGAACGACACACUCGAACUCGGCUUCUGGGGUACCAGGUGGUCCACGCCGGUUGGACGGACGAAUAGACGUUGAGAUUACAGCCACGAGAGACAAAUCCGAGAAAGAAAAAAAGUGGGAGACUGACAGCAUAGGCAGCAAUUCCAAGAUCUUGAAAACUACAGUCGUCAGUGCUGAGUGGGAAGAGGCGCAACGUCAAAGCCGAGAGGCUUCGGUGGAUGAGAUCAAAGUACUGCGAUGA